AUGGAAUCUGAUCUCCUCCCUCUCCGAGUCCUCAGCAAGAGCUUCAAUUUCACCAGCGCGGACGAGGCGAAAUGGUGGCACAGCACCGCUCCCAUGUUCGCUGCCCUCCUGGCCGGUGCCAAAUAUGAUCUCAAUGCGCAGUACCGCUUCCUCGUGUUGCACCGCGAGUUUGUCAUCCCCACGCUGGGCCCCUAUCCUACCAAGGGUAAGGACACAGACAACACCAAACGCUGGCACAGCACCUUGACCCGCUUCGGCCUCCCCUUCGAGCUAAGCUUCAAUUACUCCAAGUCUCUCGUGCGGUUUGCCUUUGAGCCCCUGGGCCCGCUGACCGGCACCGCUGCUGACCCUUUCAACACAAAAGCCAUCCGCCCGACGCUGCAGCGGCUCGCCGCCGUCGUGCCUCGUCUGGACCUGGAGUGGUUCGACCAUUUCAGACAGGAACUCGUCGUCUCGGACGAGGAUGUGGCGAUUCUCAACGACCAAAAAACCACAAUCCCUGUCUUCCGCACGCAGAAUAAACUGGCGGCUGAUCUAGCCGCAAAUGGCGACAUCCUCCUCAAGACAUACAUCUACCCGCGCAUCAAGGCCAUGGCGACGGGUGUCCCAAAGGAAAAGCUCAUGUUCGACGCCAUCCGCAAGGUGGACAGGGACGGAUGCCUAGAGCCGGCCGUGGCGACACUUGAGGCGUUCAUGGCUGCGCAUUCCUCGUCGCUCAUUGCGCACUUUCUCUCGUGUGAUCUUGUCAAGCCAUGCGAGUGGCGGAUCAAGCUGUAUUGCUUCGAGACGCAGCUUGGCUUCGAGUCCAUGGCGGCUAUCUGGACGCUUGAUGGCCGUCGCACCGAUGAGGAGACGAUGGUUGGUUUGGAGUUGCUCCGCGAGCUUUGGGGCUUGAUACCCGUCACCGAGGGACGGUGUGCACUGCCGGAUUGUUUCCACGAGUUGGGAACGUCGCCGGAGGAACAGCUUCCUUUCAUUAUCAACUUUACCUUGUCGCCGGGGAAGCCUUUGCCUGAGCCGCAGAUCUACUUUCCCGUGUUUGGGAAGAAUGAUCGCGUGGUGGCAGAGGGCCUGGCUACGUUCUUUAAUCGCGUGGGAUGGAAGGGCUCGGCUGAGAAUUAUGUAAAUGAUCUGGCUUCGUACUAUCCUGACGGGAGCCUGGAGGAGAUGAACCAUAUUCAGGCGUGGAUCUCGUUUGCCUCCAAGAACAAGAACCCGUCCAUGAGUGUGUAUUUGCAUACAUUUGAGGCAAUGAAGACCAUGUUGCAGGAUGAUGGUGCGAUACUGUCCUUCAAGAACUAG